AUGCAACGUCCAAUCCAUCCAAAUGCGAACGCGCGGCCCGGUUCUGGGGGGAUGUUCGUCAAAUUCCCAGGCUUCGAGAACGUUUCGACUUGGCUCUCCCGUGUAGAUGUUGCGCCAGGCUGCUUGUGGCCUACCUACCUACCCCUAGAUAACUACCUAGAUCGAGGUGAUGCUCUAUCCUAUUUUGGGAGGAAAAAAAGGUAA